GUCCCAAGUAAACUAUAUUCCCUAACGACAUAGUUGAUUCCUGUCUCCGUCAACAUUUACCUCUCGCCCGCUUCGGAGUCUACUAUUCCGACAAGAUGGACCUCUCUCGAAUAAUAAAUCCGCCUGAGGACGAAACUGAGCCACCUAGAACAGAACAACGUUCACCUUCCGUAUCUCCAAGACCUGUUUCUCCCGUCACCACCGACGCGGGAGAAGAACCAGACUGGAUUCGCGACGACCUGCCUAAUUUAUCUUUCAUCGUAUGUAUGGAAGCGGUUGGGGAGGGGAAAUGUACAUAUGUCUCCCCGACGGCUCUGCAUCUAAUGGGUUGGUCACCGGAAGAGGUUAUAGGUACCCCUGCGGCGCUAUAUGCGCAUCCGGACGACGUGCCACAGUUGUAUCGUGCAUAUCAAGAAAUGAUUUCCGAGGAUAAGGCAGCAUGUCUUAUGUAUCACCGCAUUCCUUUCAAAGACAAGAGUAAAGGAUACCUCCUUUGUAGAAUCACGAACUCGAGAGUGGGACAGCACAUCAUCGGUGCAUGCGCUCCUGCGAAAUCAUCCACCAAGAAUAUGCAUACCGCGUCAACUGCUCAAGAGACGGUUGUGAUCACACCAUCAGCAAAACGAUUAGCUUUCACGCGAUGGAACGUUCCCCCGAUGCCUACCUAUUCAUCUGAGGAUCCUACCUCAUCGAGAGAGACGUCCCCGCCGACCGACGGAGCGUCAGAUUCUUCCUCAACUAUUCAUGACGAACUGGAUCCUCUUACGCAAGCUAUGCGCAAUCUGACGUUAUCGCAGCCCGAAAAACAGGUGGCAGCCAAGCGAGUUGCCUUUGUCCUUGACCGAUUUAGUACGGAGGUACCUAUCAUCUACUGUACGAACGACGACAUCGUGCCAAAGCCGCUCGUCACUGGGAGAUCAUUUUAUGACUUCGUGGCUGCAGGGGAUGAAAAACGGAUCCGUGCAGCCAUAGACCAAGUAAAGACCUGGGGAGUCAACGAGGAGGGAUCUCCGAGUGACGGCGGAUAUGCUUUCAAUCGUUUCCAUAUGCAUCUAAAAGGCAGAGACAGACAGCUGCCUGAUCCCUCUCGAAAACACGCGACCGGGAAAGGAGCACAACACCCUGACAUACUCUCGCGUAAAACAUUUCGACAGCGUGCUUCGUCGGAACGAGGGAUCAACGUGCCCGUGAAAGAAAUUCAGAUGGUCGAUUCUAUAUUCUCGCCCCAAUCCGACGGCAUUAUCGUUAUUCUUCGAGAAUCCAUGCCACCUAAACGAUAGCAGGGUGAUUCAUCUGGGAGUUUGAUUUUAUUUUCAUGGCCAUUCUCGUCUCUGUCACGU